AUGGAAACAUGGCUGUCGAGAAGCAAAUGCAGCUCCGGUGGGUGGGCACAAUUCCUUUGCAACCGGGUCUAAUUUUGGCCUGCUGUGUCCUUGUCUUAUUCAGACAUUUGGAUACCAUGGCGAUGAGCAAGCUAUGGACGUCUGCAUAGAUUCAUAUUUGCUUCAUUUUUCUUUGAUGAUCAAAGGCCCAAGAAAAAUGCAUUCCAUAAGAUCAUGAAGUUCUGCAGUGGCUGGCAUGCAAGCCUGGUGUCAAGGGAAUCUAGAUCUUUUUCUACUCCCCAGGAUAAGUUUUUUUAAAUCUCAUUUUGGUAGUUACGCCAGGGAUGGCAAACGUCAUCCUCUGGACUAUGAAUCAUUUUCAGCAACAGAAUAUUCUUAAAAUUUUACCCUAGCUAUUGCUUGACGUGCAUCAUUAUCAUCAUCCAUCUUAUUCUAUCCACAAAGCACCUAAGCUUAUUUAAAACUUAAUGUCAUUUCCUCAAUCGUUCCAACUGGUUGCUGCAGUUAGGGUUAGGCUUCCCCCAGCCCACAAAAUAUUAUCAAUGGCAUUUUUUGUUUCACUAGUCAUCCAAAUUGCUCUGGGCAGUGCUUCUCCCUGUAAAGGACCACUUCUCUCCACAUGAACCUAUCCAGACCGUGAGAUUAUCAUCUGCAUGCCACCUACAAAUGAGAUCAAGAGAGAAACCACAAAAGCCAAUUACAGAGUGUGUGUCAUGAGUCCCAAUGAGACCUCUUGGAGGGGCUGGUCAGAUCAAGAUGAGGGAUCAAAGGAACUGGAGGAGUUAUCAGUUUACGACCCUGGACAUCACACUUGCCAUACUAAAGCCAUGCCCACUCCUACAUAAGGAGAACCUAGGGGGAAUGUUGACCAUUGGAUCAAUGUAUUAGCUUGUGUGGUCAUGCCUUACACCUGCUGCACUCCUGGUACAGUGGUACCUCGGGUUAAGAACUUAAUUCGUUCUGGAGGUCCGUUCUUAACCUGAAACUGUUCUUAACCUGAGGUACCACUUUAGCUAAUGGGGCCUCCCGCUGCCGCUGCUGCACGAUUUCUGUUCUCAUCCUGAAGCAAAGUUCUUAACCCGAGGUACUAUUUCUGGGUUAGCGGAGUCUGUAACCUGAAGCAUCUGUAAUAUGAAGCAUCUGUAACCCGAGGUACCACUGUACUUUGCUUAAGUACCAUGUUUAUUUGAGUAUUAAAGUUUUUGGCAUGUAGUCCAAGUCCUUUGUCCAGAGGGAGCCAGGACACAGGGCCCAUUCAUUCUGGUUUUGUUCUCCCGAGGGCAAAUUGAGGUUGAUGGGGCAGUGCCACAUUUGCCCUUAUGGGCCAGUCUUCAGUCAGCCAAAGGGGAUGGCAACUUAUGCAUUCCACAAAAGGAAGAAAUGCAUCACACCCCACCAAAGAAAAACAGGACACAGAUGUGUAGAAAAGAUGGCACUCAAUGCUAGUCCUACCUGCUGAAGUUAAUGGAUGUGAUUCACUUAGGUCCGUUAAUAACAAUGGGUCUCCCUUGAACAGCUGAAAAUAGCCCCAGAUUUGCAGGCUCCAAUGUAUAUGAAUAGACACACAUUUUAAAACUAUGAUUACACCUUAAUUAGAAAUACAGUAUGUGUCACUGCAGUGUAUGAUCUGUGUGCCUGCUCAGUCUUCUCUCCAGGUGCUAACUGCUGACGGGCAACUUCAAGUCAUCUGCAGCUCUCCUGAGAGUUCUUCAUCUUUAAGCCACACUUACUGGAUAGCCCUUCAAAUAAAGGACACAUGCAGAUAGAUGAAUGUCAUUUGCAAAGUAGGACACAUGGCCACCCUCCCUCUUUGCCUGUGUUUAAACAGGUCCUGAAAGCCUAUUUCUUCUAUAUAGGUCGCCAGUGACUGUUUCUACACUGACUUCCUGCUGUUUUUACCUGUCAUUGUGUUUCAAUGGUUCUUUUAUUGUUUUAAAUUAUUUUUGCAAGCCACUUUGCAUAGAUGUUAUCCUGAAAGCUGGGGUAAAGGUAUACACAAUUUUAAAAAUGCAUUAAAGAAAGAAUGAUCGAAAGAGAAAUUUAUCAGCUGUGUGGCAAGUAGAAAUGCAAUUGGCAUGGCCUGCAGAUGCACAAAGGGGAAAAGAUUCACUUGUUGGAUUUCUGUCAGGGAAAAAUAAAUGUUGGCAACUCUAGUUAUGAACCUUGGGGAAUUUUCACAGGGCUCCAAAAUAAUUGCACCCAGUAGGCACUCUGACUGUAUCUAAGUUGGUUAGUGGACCUAUGGACCAGACAUCAGUAUAUAGCCAUAGUGGCCCACAGGGGGCAGACAUCCAGUUUGCUAGAGAAAUUAUUUGGGGUGAUCCAAAGGUUGUUUUUGGAUGAACUUUUGCUUAUAGCCCAGUUCCUUUUUCAGUCAGUACCUUUUGAAUGAGUAAUGCACCAGGAACUGCAAAUAAGGAACGAGAAACAAACACCAGCCUCAUACAGGGCUAUCAUGAGUAAAUGCGAUUUUGUCUUCAAAACAGAAAGUGAGGAUGAGGGAAGCAGAGACUCAAAGGGGUUCAGAAUGUCAGGGCUGGUUGUCUGAGACAGACUUUUGCUUGAGCUUAUCAGCGCUGUCUGUUUGGCUAGGACUCUGCCAGCCUAUCGCUGCUGAGCCCAUUUCAUCACUCUCUCUGCUGCUCACUUCCCCUCCUUUAUCCCCUCUGCUGACAGCCCUCUAGCAAGGCAGCAGAGAUUUGACUGCCCCUACUCACCCCUGACUGUGCCUUUUACCAGCUGUGCAAGGUGCAUAUAUUUAAGGAACAAAAAGCACACUCCAGCAUCUUCUUGAGGGGGAGGCUGCACCUGUUUGAUUUGUGUCUGUUGCACAGCUAUUGAAAGUGCAAAAGCUCUUCCAACGGGGGAGAAACAUAGCAGCUCUAAGAUGGACAUAUAGGCAUUAGUUCCCAGCAGAAGGCUUCCCCCACCCACCCAUUCAGCCAUAUUUUGACUUUAUCCCCUUGGAGCAAAUGAGUGUAACUAAGGCAGGGAAAAGUUGCCAGGCAACUAUUCAGCAGCCCUCUAGAGGGGGGCACCAGAGGGAGGAGGAGGAGAUGGUUGGGAGCAAGCAGUGCGUUACCUUGGCUCUUCAGAGCAUCAUUCAUUCCACAUCUUGCAAGCUGUUGUCCUCCAAACUGCCCUUCCCCACUCUCCCCAAGUGCUCUCCUCCGGCACUCCCCCAUUUGAAAAGCUACAAUGUCUUCCGCUUUUUGUAAGAAGAAUUGCUACAAGAUUCUCAUAGAAUGAAAGAUAUCAAAUAGGUAAGGGGAUGGCUUUUCAUUGGGAAAAACAUUGUUGUUGUUAUUGUUAUUAUUAUUAUUAUUAAGACUUUUUAACUGUCCUCCACCACAAAGUCAUAUUUGCGCACACUCACACACACACAAACACAAUUUACAAUCAAAAGUCUAGAGUAGGUCCCAAAGCAUCUUGCACAGGUGUCAAAAGCCCAGGUAAAGAGGUGUGUCUUCAGCAUGUAAUGAAAGCUAUCCAGCCAAGAUGCCAGAUUUAGGGGCUGCCACAGAGAAUGUUUUCUGCUGAGACGCCACACUGCUGAAUUUCCCAGGGUGGUGAAACUACCGAGAAGGUCUCCCCACUGCCAUUCUUAACACCCAAGAGGGUUUUUAGGGCACUAGCCUCACAUAAGCUAUUGAGCGACACAGAACACUUUGUGAGGAAGAAUGAUGUGGCAUGAGAACAUUUAAGCACAGCUUUCAGUGCUGAGCUGGAAUAGGGCAAAGGCCGAAAACAGAGGACAAAAAGCAUUGGACGACAGACCGGUCACAAGGAAGACCUUGGGCUUAAGUAAAUAUUCAAUCCUGCUCAGUAUUUACAUUUGUGCGUGUGUGUGUGUGUGUGUGUGUGUGUGUGUGUGUGAUUUCAGAUGAGACCGCACCAGGCCACAACCACAACGGGAAGCUGCAAAGGUAGGCCUGUCACUUUGGGGUCACACUGGUAUUUAGAAUUUCUCUUCCCAGUGAGGAAGAAGAGGCUUGGAGUUGUGAUGCUGGGUUGCAGGUGGCUAUAGAGUGCAGCCCAAGCCUUCUCCUUAUGGAUGUGUUGGUGCAGGGCCUGUAGGAAAAAACUACAGAGGCGAAACAUGAGGCUUCACAUCAUGGGCGUUCACAGGAUUUUUUCUGGGGGAAUGUGGCAAUCGGCAAAGUAAAAGCACUGAAAGGAGGAAAGAGGCUAGUUUCUAUCAAAAAGUGAUAAGAAUAGAGUCUGUACAUUUUGUCUCAGGUCCUACAAUUGCUAGAAACUCACUCUUUUAAAAUGAAAGCUGGGAAUUUGGAGGCUAUGGUUCAUUAUUGGGGAGCAAUUGCCCCCAUGGAUAUCCAUUCUUUUCAUUCUGACUUUGCUGGCCAUGAAUGUGAGGAGUGAUUAGUGCUGCGAUUUAUCAGGAACAACUGCAUUAUUGUCUCAGAAAUAGGUUUAUAGCCUUGUUCUAUGCCCUUUGGCAGGGGUAGGCAAUGUGGGCUACAACAUUAUCAUUGGCUAUACUGUGAUGGGAGUUGUGGUCCACAACAUCUGAAAGGCACCACACUGGACUUCCCUGAUCUGGUGCUUUCCAGAUGUUUUAGACCACAGCUCCCAUUAUCUGCCAAUCAAUGUUUGUGCCAGCUAGGGCUGAUGGGAGUCAUAAUCAAAGCCAUAUGGAGGUCACCGGGUUGUGGAGGGGCUGGUAUGCAAAUAUAUUUGUGUUCUGUUGCUUCUUUUCACCUUCAGUCUGCCACAUUUAACUCAAAACUCAAGGCUGGUUCUAUUAUUGGGCAGAAUGAGACAGACAGCUCAGGCGGCAGAUACUAGGGGGCAGGGAGCCAGACAGAAGAAUUGUGCAUGCCAUAUGCAUCCCCUAAUCUAGCCAGCUGCCCUCUGGUGGCAUGGAGGACGUUUUCUGUACAGGCAACAAAAUGUAUUGGGCCAUCCCUGAGAAGCCUUAAAUGGAGGUCAGAUGUUGCUGUUUUGCCCCACUGACAUCUUACUUGCUUAUUAGUGACACUUGUGACAGUAACCUCCUGAUUGGAUCGGAGCAGGAUUUUAGUCCAACAAAAGGCCACGUAUCCUGUUUCGCAGAGGCUGUUUUAAAGGGUUCUCGCGUGGCGCUGUGGGUUAAACCACGGAGCCUAGGACUUGCCAAUCAGAAGGUCGCGGUUCGAAUCCCCGUGAUGGGGUAAGCUCCCGUUGCUCGGUCCCUGCUCCUGCCAACCUAGCAGUUCGAAAGCAUGUCAAAGUGCAAGUAGAUAAAUAGGUACCGCUCUGGCGGGAAGGUAAAUGGCGUUUCCGUGUGCUGCUCUGGUUCACCAGAAGCGGCUUAGUCAUGCUGGCCACAUGACCCAGAAGCUGUACGCUGGCUCCCUCGGACAAUAAAGCGAGAAGAGCACUGCAACCCCAGAGUCAUCCGUGACUGGACCUAAUGGUAAGGGGUCCCUUUACCUUUACCUUUACCUUUACCUUUACCUUUACCUAUUUGAAUGGCUGUUGGGUCCAAGUCCAAUUUAAAGAUAAAUGGCCUAGGAAGGGGACAGCAGGGGCCUGAAGUCACCCAUCAGUGGUUAGACCUGGGCAGCAGACUGGGCAGGAGCACAGGUCCCCUGAUCACAGUCUUCCCCACUGUGGUAAGAUGUACGACUAUUAUUUAAAAAUGAACUCAGUCCAGUGGUGGCUGCAGAUUGGGAUGGGAAUGUGUGGGAUAUACAGCUGUGAACUUAUGGAAAUGUCAUAAAAUAGAGGAAGCUUUGAACCCACCUUUCCACUAAGUUAUCAUGGUUUUAUUGUGAUGAUUCUGACAUAGAACCUCAGCUAUGGAGAAUGGAGAGGAGGCUGAUCCUUGCUUUGCUUGUUUGGUAGGUUGUCCACAAUGGAGGGAGAGGAGCAGGAGGACCAGUCAGAGGUGCAGCCUCACCAAAGACACAAGCGUGGACUCUGUAACUGCCAGCAGUGCAUCCCACUCUGGAUAGUCUUGGUGCUGCUGGGCUGUGCUGGAGCGCUAACUUGGUAUUUCAUAGGUAACUGUUUGAGUCUUUCAUUGUUCUUCUCCGGGAUGGUUGGUGAUCUGGGAUGGGGGGGGAAAUCCCAUUUGGUUCACAUUUAAAUGUGAACUUGCCUGAUUCGCACUUUCCAAAACAAUUCAGGAAGUGAAACACAAUGAUUCUUCGAAAUUCACACUUAUCCCAAUUUUGCAUCUCUCCAGCCAAGCAAUGUAUAAAAACACACAUAUAUUGAGGUGUGCAUCUAAAUGCAUGUCUUAGUGCAAAUAACAUGCAAGAUUGUGUAUAGUAGCACUUCACACAAAACACUUAACAAAUUUUUCUGAGGACUGUAAAUAACAACAACAAUAACACACACACACAAAUGUGGAGAACUGAACUCCACUAAUGUGGAGAACUGAACAUAUGAAUGGGAAAAUGGGAAACUGAGAGAGAAAAACCACAUCCCUGUUACUGACGCAGCAUGGUGGGGGAAUGAGGCCAGUUGAAGUGUCUCAAAGACACUUCCAUCUGUACCUGACCUCCCGUUUGCCGCUCACUUUUGACAUGGUGAAGUCAACUCCUCUUUCAUGUGGCUGAAUGGUGAAGUGAUUGUAUGUCCCUUAAAAAUGGUUUGAGGGAGAAUCUGCAGCUGAGAUGCAGGUCAGUUUCAUGGGAAGGUUGAAACAGUCACACAAUCAGUUCACCGCACCAUCAUGGAAGCAUCUAGGUCCAGCAUUAUCACAAAAUAUGCUAAUUUAACUUAAUUAUAGAUAGCUGGCUAGAGGAAGAAUCUGAUAUAUAUCCUGUUGGGAUGGCUACAUUUUAAUUUGCUUAGGUAAGCAUCAAGAGAAGUUGCCCCAAGCAUUUUCCCCAAGAAGCACUGAAAGAUACAAGUUUUGAAUUUUAUUAUACAUGAAAGAAGGAAGAUUCUAAGUAAGUUACACUUGACAUAUUAUGACAAUGAGUUUAAAGAUUUCAGGAAUUAAACAGUUACAUGUGGUUUAAUUAAAUACAGUAUGCUGAAGUCUUAUUUCUAUUAUAGCUAACUACUGCAGAAUUUGUUCAAUAUAGCACAGUAAUGAUGGGGGCUGACUUUUUAGAGUGGGGGAGGGACAAGACUUGGUGCUAGAGUAUCUGCCUUGCAUGCAGAAGGUCCCAUUCUUAAUCCCCAGCAUCUCCAGGUAGGAUUGCAAGCCCCAACAAUCAGCUGAUGAGCAGUGCCUGCAAAUUCCCUUUUGGCCCAGCCAUGUCCUUACCUGCCCUUCGCCUGAUGUCAGGUACAGGGCGACUCCAAGAGCCAACAUGGGCCUAAGGUUGCUACAGGACAAUGGUUCACCAUUAUUGCUGUAGACAAUACAGAGUUAGGCAAGGAGUUAGGCAAUAUGAGGCAGCUACCUGUGUUCCUAUGCUCGCUAUACAAUUCCGUAAUCCGGCAUUUAUUGAAUAUAUAAUUUUGUAUUUUUGAUUUUAAAAAAACAAAACCUUGAAAAAUGACUGAUGUUCUUGAAAUGCAUAGGGAUUUAAAAAAAUAUGUGUCUUCCUUCCUUCCUUCCUUCCUUCCUUCCUUCCUUCUUUGGCUUUCUCUUCAUCUGUUUUUCAUUCUCCUUGGCGUUCAUAUUUCCUCUCGUUUCUCCUUCCCAGAAGAGGAUCCUGUUGCACCAUAGUGUGCAGGAAGCCCUGCAACAAGAAUGGGCUGGGCACCAGAUUCUUUGCAUCCACUGGUUCAAAAGCCCCACAGCCCCUUAGCUAUUCACCAGGCAGGAGGUGUAACAGGAAGGAAGGAAGGAAGGAAGGAAGGAAGGAAGGAAGGAAGGAAGGAUUGGCUUUCUCCCCCCCCCCCACCUGCUCAAUUUAGCACCCUGGCCAGGGCAAGCCAGCCCAGCUUAGAAUGUGGCAGGGGACCGGAUAUGCCACUCCCCCACCUACAGUCUGAAGUGGUACUGUCCAUUCUAAUACUACUUCAUUCUGCAGGUUUCAUUAGGGUGGCCAUACAUCCUGCUUUGCAGAUGAGGGCCUGCCAUUUAUUUAUUUUACUUGGAUCUCACCCUUCCCCACCAGCCUGGCUCCUUUGACGGAGUUGUCUGAGUGAAGUCUACCCAUUUUAAGUGUGGUGCAGUGAGAGCCCCUGUGGUAUCUUGGUUCCACUGUAUGGAACUCAUCCAUGUGUCUCGUCUUCCUGGCAGACUACAGACCACGCCACACAGCAUCCCUACACUUCUACUCAGGCAGCCUAAGGAUCCUUAAUCGACAGUUUUCCCUGGAUCAUGGGCGGAUGGAAUCCAGAGGCUUCUGGACAGAGACAACAAAGACUCAGAAGAUGGUAGGGGCAUGACUUCAUGAGCUACAGACGGUGUUAGUGUGAGGCAUUAGUACAGAGGUUAUUAGUGUGCAGAAUUGCCAGCUUCUCUAUGGGUCCUCCUCCAGUAUCUUUCAAAGCAGUUUAAGUUGUGACUUCCCCUGAGUCAUUAUUGGGUUUCCCCAGCAGGAAAAGCCUCGUCUGCUAAAUUUCUACAUUUCAGUCUGCAACAAAAGGCACAUAAGCAGCCAUAGGUAGCCAAGCGCCCUACUUUACAGAGGACAGUCCUCUGUUUUAAGGUGUCCUCUAUUUGAAACGCCCAAGUCCAUUUUACAGAUAAAGACCCGUAAGAAGGGAAAGCAGCAGACAUGGCCUAUUGACACGGUUAGCACCUAAACGGCAGACUGAGCAGGCCAGGCACACAGCUCACCUGGUCACAAUCUUCCCCGCUAUGGCAAAAUGCAUUGCAUUGCUGCUUACAUUAUAGCAAUUGUUUCUUUUUCAUAAUGCAUUUCCAUGUUUGGGACAAUUCAGAAGCGGCACCCUAGAGCAGAGAUGGUAAAAAUAAAUAUGGCAAUACUGGUUCAUGCCUGAAUGCUGAAUGAUAGGUGAAUUAUAUUGUGAGAGAGACUGGGUAUUAUUUUCUGAUGACACCAUUGUCUGGUAAUGACUAGAGAGCAUUCUUUUACAGCUGAAAGACCUCAUUCAUGCCACCGAUUUGGCUCCUUACUACAACUCCAGCACUGUCUAUGCCUUUGGGUGAGUGAAGCAUUAUUAGCCUGUUUGAAAGCUACCCUUAGAAGCUGCAGUCUGUUUAUUUUACAGAGAUGAAGAAUCUGCCAUACUUGCCUCCAAAUGAUUAUCGGUCGUGACUUUGGGUUAAUACACCUUAAAGCUGGAAAUGUUUAGCUAGCUGCAGUAGCAGUGGCAUGAUCGCCACUAUUGAAGCUGGGAUAGCUCAGCUGGUAAAGCAUGAGACUCUUAACCUCAGGGUCGUGGGUUUGAGCCCUAUGUUGGUCAAAAGGAUACCUGCAUUGCAUUGGACUAGAUGACUCUUGUGGUCCCAUCUAACUCUAUGAAUUUAAGAUGCGCAAAUGGAAAAGGAAAAGCUUUAUUCUCAUUGCUAUUUAAUAUUUAUUUGAAGCUGCGGAGGGCGCUCAUUGGGAGUUCUGGCGCAAGGUGCCCUCAAUAUGCUGGUAACAUUCAGCUCCAUUUCUCCAUAACAUCUGAAUCAAGAAAUGCUGUGUAGGCCCCAGACCUGUGUCUGGACAGAGCAGUGGGAUGGAUGAGGGGAAAUAAAUGGGGCUUGAAUCCUAACUGGUCCACUGCCUGCCCUGGAUGGGGUUGCGCUUUCUGUGAAGGAGCUGUUUGGGCAAGGUAGCCAUAGUUGCUAGAAGUGUCUUUUCCAGCUGAGCCUGAACUUUGACUGUUCUUAACGCAGGAGAGGCUGGCCACAAUAGUCCAGGCAUUGGUGACAUCAAGACAGGAUGACUGCAGUGCACUUUAUGUGGGCUUCCCUUGAGCUUGACCCAGAAACAGCAGUUAGUGCAAAAUGCUUCAGCACGAUUGCUGACAGAAGGGAGGCCUUAUCAGCAUGUAACACCUCUAUUCAGAGAUCUGCACUGGCUGCUCAUAUGCUACUGGGUUCAGAGGUGGUGCUAGCUGCUCCAGCACCCAGAGUGGCCCACGGGGGCAGGGCUAGCCACCCGCGGGGGUGCAUCUGCGGCGGCACGAGUCCCAGGGGUUGUGCGGGGAGCGGGGAGCGAGGAGCGUCCCAGGGGGGUGCGCCAGUGGCAGUGCGCAUCCCGGGGGUGUGCUGCCCACAGUGAUGUCACCCCCCUCAUGGCACCCAGGGUGGACUACCCCCACUGCCCCCCACCACCCUCACCUUUCUCCACUACUGACUGUGUCAAAUUCAGGAUGUUACCAUCGCUAUGUAAAGCCUUUAAUUGGGAACAGUUUACUUGCAGGAACACCUCACCCUACAUGUGCCCAUUUGAUCUACAGAACUGGCACUGUUGCACGUGCCGCAUGAGACUCGUUCUGCAGUUGUAAGAAACUGAUCUUUUAGUGUGGAAGCACCUGCACUUGGAACUCGUGCCAAUUACAAGCAGGCAGGCCCUUCACUGAACAUUUUUCAGCACCUGCUUAAAUUAUCUUUUUGUUUAGCAAGCCUAUCCAGGCAUGUAGAUGUUUCUACAUUUUAAUUUCUUCUAUUGCUAAUUUUAAUUAUUUUUUCAUGCUUUUUUGUGGGGGGGGGAGAUUAUCAAUGCUUUUAAUACUUCCUGUAAACCACACAGAGGCUUUAUUGCACUCAGGUAAAGGGACCCCUGACCAUUAGGUCCAGUUGCGGACGACUCUGGGUUGCGCACUCAUCUCGCUCUAUAGGCCGAGGGAGCUGGCAUUCGUCUGCAGACAGCUUCCGGUCCAGUCGCGGACGCCUCUGGGGUUGUGGUGCUCAUUUCGCUUUAUUGGCCGAGGGAGCCGGCACGCAGCUUCCAGGUCAUGUGGCCAGCAUGAAUAAGCUGCUUCUGGCAAACCAGAGCAGCACACAGAAACACUGUUUACCUUCCUGCCGGAGUGGUACUUGCACUUUGACGUGCUUUCAAACUGCUAGGUUGGCAGGCGCUGGGACAGAGCAAUGGGAGCUCACCCCGUCACGGGGAUUCAAACUGCCGACCUUCCAAUUGGCAAGCCCUAGGCUCUGUGGUUUAGACCACAGCGCCAUCCGCGUCCCCUUUAUUGUACUCAAGCCUUAUACAAAUUUUGUUAAAUGAAUUAAAAUAAAUUAAAAAUCCAUCUGUUUUCUCCAUUUGCUAGGGAGGGAUCUCUGACAUGCUUCUUCUGGUUCGCCCUUCAAGUCCCCAAAGGGCAGCACAAGGAGAUGACUGCAGAGAAAGUGAAUGCCACACUCUACAAAGAGCUUCUUGGCAGCACCGAUGGAACAGGACACCUCUCAUACCAGACGGAAUACAAGGUUGACCCAGAAUCCUUGGUUUUGCUAGGUGAGUACUGAUUGCAUAUGUGCAGUUUGUACUUCCAAGAAGGAAGAGCUGCCUAUGAUACCUAUAUAGUCUGAAAAACAGAUUGCCUGACUCAGCAGAAGAAAAAGAUGAGAGGAAACACAGGGUGGAGUGAGUGUGUCUGUAAACAGGAUAGGAUGCUGACAAUAUAAGACCAAGAAAGGAAAGAUGCAGUGAGAUGGAUCCAGACUUAGUCAUGCUUGGAUUAGAGCAAAUGAAUUCAUGACUAACUAAUAAUAAUAAUAAUAAUUUAUUUACACCCCGCCCAUCUGGCUGAGUUUCCCCACCCACCCUGGGCGGCUCCCAAUCAAGUGUUAAAAACAGUACAGCGUUACAUAUUAAAAACUUCCCUGAACAGGGCUGCCUUAAGAUGUCUUCUGAAUGUCAGGUAAUUGUUUAUCUCUUUGACAUCUGAUGGGAGGGCAUUCCACAGGGCGGGCGCCACUACCGAGAAGGCCCUCUGUCUGGUUCCCUGUAGCCUCACUUCUCGCAAUGAGGGAACCGCCAGAAGGCCCUCGGCGCUGGAUCUCAGUGUCCGGGCUGAACGAUGGGGGUGGAGACACUCCUUCAGGUAUACAGGACUGAGGCCGUUUAGGGCUUUAAAGGUCAGCACCAACACUUUGAAUCGUGCUCGGAAACAUACUGGGAGCCAAUGCAGAUCUCUCAGAAUCAGUGUUAUGUGGUCCCGGCGGCCACUCCCAGUCACCAGUCUAGCUGCCGCAUUCUGGAUUAAUUGCAGUUUCCGGGUCACCUUCAAAGGUAGCCCGACGUAGAGCGCAUUGCAGUAGUCCAAGCGUGAGAUAACUAGAGCAUGCACCACUCUGGGGAGACAGUUUGCGGGCAGGUAGGGUCUUAGCCUGCGUACCAGGUGAAGCUGGUAGACAGCUGCCCUGGACACAGAGUUAACCUGCGCCUCCAUGGACAGCUGUGAGUCCAAAAUGACUCCCAGGCUGCGCACCUGGUCCUUCAGGGGCACAGUUGCCCCAUUCAAGACCAGGGAAUGCCCCACACCCACUUAAAUCCCAUUUAUUUCAGUGGGUCUACUCUAGGGAUGAGGGAGAAAUUCAGUUUGUAUUUUAAUGUAGUCCUAUCCCAUGUGCACUUCCCAAAACAAUGCAUGAACUGAAACACAACUCUCCUUCAAAGUUUCCACUUUUCCAAAUUUGGCUUUGUACUUCUCCAACCAAAUAACUGUGAGCAAAAAUGUGUAUGUUGCCGGGGGGGGGGGGGGGAGUGUGAAUUAAAAUGUACCCAAAGAAGCAUUAUAUGAAGGGGAAAUGCUUGCAAAUUUGUAUCACAGGAGAUAUGCACACUAAAAUGCUGGUGGACUUCUGUGAGGAUUCUUCUUUUUAACAAAUUUUCAAACGGAUGUGGAAAUGUGGCAAAACUGAACUUAAAACCGGAAAUAUGAGAAAGCAGAUUUGACAAAUUCUUCAAUUUCUCAUCUAAGCAUAACUGAGUCUACAUCCAACCCAAUGACUCCCCUCUUUAAAUCUUCCUCAAAGAAAGCAUGUGAUAGAAGUCCUAAUUUUUAUAACAACAACAAAUGGUGUCACAAUGCUUAACCCCUGAACCCCUGACACUAAUAGUAUACAUUGCAGCCAAAAAUGACUCUUCAAAGUUCCAUUGACCCAAGUGGCAAAGUUACUUAAGUUUUCCUUGUUUAUCUGAACAGCUGAUUAUCUGGCUGCAUCCUGGGCCACUUGGAAAAAUGAAGAUAUACUAUAUAUUUCAUACCUUACCCAGCAGAAGUAUCCCCUCUUUGCUGGAGAUAGUAUCACCAUUCCCAGAUCUUUGCAUGUGAAAAUCUUAACAUGCUCACUCACCCUCCAAACAGAUGGUCAGCAUUGUCUGCUUUUCAGUGAUCAACUGGCUGUCACAUCUGAUCAGCCAUCUUUUAGAGGCGUGGGUAGGAAACCUAUAGCCCUCCAGAUGCAGUCAGGUUCCAAAUCCCAUCAGUCCCAGGCAACAGGGACAGUCCACCGGGAUGGUGGGAGCUGUAGCUCAACAACAUCUGGAAAGCCACAAGUUGUGUUAUUUAGAGGAUAUGCACAGGACCUAAUCUAUCAUGGAUAAUGGCGGGUGCAGAUCAGCUUGCUAGAUGUAGCCAUUAAAAAGAACAAGUACCACCCACAAUGGAAACCUGUUCCCUGACAGCAAACUUACAUCUCAAAGUCUCUUUCAACAGUUUUGCCUUCCUCUUGUUACAGUAUACGGUACCUUGCGAUGUUCCUCUGUGGAAAAGUUGGCUGUGUUUUGCCAAUGUGUGUUCCUUCACUCUUACACUACACUCAUUCCCUCUUUUCAGAGAAUGCAGAAAAUUUCAGGGAGUUUUAGUAGCUAGCGGUGGGAAGAGUUGGGAUUUGAACAAAAUAUUCUCGGAAUCAUCUUGAAUUAAAACCUGGUUUGUUUGCAAAAACAAAACAAAACCCCAUGACAAACAGUUAAAUGAAAUAAAGCUGGUGCAUUUGCACUACAACUCUAAUAUUUGCCUGUUUUUACAAUCAUUCCUAUUUCAGUGCAUUGUGCCUGCCCAUAAAACUGGCCUUAUUAUUAGCUCUUUGUAUAUUAGAUGCUUGCCCCUUUUGCCAUCGAACAUGUCAAUGAAUGGAUUUUGGUUUCUAAUUUCUCUACCUCACCGCUGGCAAAAAUGUUAAAUGAGACCAACUCUAUAUGCCUCCGAAAAUCUCCCUGCUAAGAAAUUGCCAUCAUUCAUCAUUACCUUUUAUUUACAGUUUUUUCCAUUUCUGAGGCAUUCUGCGUGACGCUGCUCAGCUCUAAGUAAUUUGUGUAUUAUAAUUUUGCAAAUCACACUUAGCAAAGAGCGGAAGGACACAUUUCAACCUAUCUAAGUGACAAAGGCUAUGCCCUGGCAUCAUCAAGUCUCAAACCCACUGUCAAAUCUCAGUGGGAUUACAAUAGAUUAUGUUAUCUGGAUCUUCUGAAUAGUCUUCAGUUUCCAUCACAUAGGUAGCCAUAUUGGGCUCAGACUUACUGGUGCAUCCAUUUUGCACAAUACACUGAACGCAAAAUGUUUUAUAUUAAAAAGUGAGGCAAAAUAAUUAUGCAUGGGCAACAGAAAAUGCAUAAGGCUGUAAUGCCGCCACCCUGCCCCCCCCAACACUCUUAGGAUGAACCUUGUAAAUAAAGCCUUUAAAGCCAAAUUACCCUGCAUCUUUAGCCUGACAGUAUGUUUCUGCAUUCGUUAUACUCGUUGUUUAUACCUGUCUGUUCAAGUGCUUCAAUCCAGCUUGUUAUAAAAGCAGAUGUCUAAGUGAGUAAGAAAUAGAUGUCUUUUCCUUUGUUCUGUAGGUCUGUGGCUUUUACAUAAGAAUCCCAUGCAAUCCACUUGGAUGUUUCAGUGCUGAUGAGAAUUUGAUAUGUUCAAGGCCUUGAUAUGUUCAUCUCAGCCUUCCACCUAAGCUGCUUCCCUCUGUUCUUUAUAUCGUAAGAACACAUGAAGAUGCCUGCCGUUUCAGGCCAGUCGCCCAUCUAGUCAAGUUUCCUGUUCUCACAGUGGCAAACUGGAUCCCUAUGGGAAGUCCACAAGCAGGGUCCAAGCAUGCUCUCCCUUCCAGUGGGUUUCCAGCAACUGAUACUCACAUCGGUGUAGCGUGGGGAGGGGGCAGAGGGGCAGUGGCCCUGGGUACAAAAUUCUGAGAGGCAUACAACCAGGCUCCCUCAAUGUGGCUGAGCUCCUACCACCUUCCAGAGCCAUGGGAAGGCAAGCCACACCUGGCCUGGGCCUUCAGGACUGGGGCGGUGCCUCCUUCUCCACAUGGCCAGUCAAGGGACUCACGUGCGCCCUCCUCCUGGGCUGGCCAAUGAGGUUAGACCAGCUAGCCCUUCCCUCCACACAGGCUCCUCCACUGCCAUGCCUCCACCUCAGCUUCCCAGUCCACCAGGGGGGUUUAACACUUGCCCUGCCCUGGGUGCUGGAAACCCACACUUUCAGAGUAUACAACUUACCGUAUUGGUCCAAAUAUAAGUCGCACCUGAAUAUAAGCUGCACCUUUAAAAUUCGGGGGGGGGGGAGACGAUACCCGAAUAUAAGCCGCUCCCUUAAAAUUCGGCAGGCACUCACACCCGUUUCAUUUUACCAUGUCUGUUUCAGCAGCAAUAUCAUACAAGCCAAUUUUGGUAAGGUCACGAAUUUAAGCCGUGCUUUAACUUUUCACGGUUGGAAUUUGAAGAAGAAGAAAAAAACGUGGCUUAUAUUCAGACCAAUAUGUACUUAUAAAGCACAUUCCCCACCCCUAAAGAAUCAUGGGAGCUGUGGUUUAUCCCUCACAGAGCUGUGAUUCCCAUAACCCUUAAUAAACUACAAUUUCCAGGAUUCUUGGGGUGUGUACUUUAAAUACAUGGUGUAUACACAGUCUUUUUCUGCUUUGCUACCUGUAUUAAGGUCAUCAGUUUGCUUGGUGCCGUGCACACUGGGGGUACUGUAUAAAUAACAACAAUAAUACUUCCCUCUAAUUGGAGAUAAUCAUUGCUUUCCUUCCAUGCUAAAUGCAGAGAGGCGUGAUUCAUUAUUUAAUGGGUAACUGUAAAGACUUUUGUACCUCAGAAGGAAGCCUCGCUAUGAUAAUUGUCGUAUUACAUGGUAUGGUGACAAAUUCUUUUAAAGCUUUAAGAGCUUCUUAACUGGAGGGAUUUGUCCUGCAUUAACUCUCCUUAUUUUGUUUGAGUUGUUAAAAAUCAAGAACAGAUUAUCUUUUUAAAAAAAUACUAACUAGGUUCUGAAAUAAAUUCUAACCAUAUAAAUGUUGGUUCAAAAAAAAUUCUUUGAGACAAAAUAGGUUUAGGAAUGCACCUAUUAAAAGGAAAUAGAUUCAGAAAUAUAUAUUUAAGUGCAAAGUUUUGUAGACCUUUUGUUGCUAUUUAUUUUGUGUUUGGUUUAAGGAGAGAAUUACUUUAGAUAAGAUAAAUGAAUUCUCUGGAUGCCCAGAUCCAUGUUUGAGGCAAGUACUCUUUGCUGAGAGAGCCCCAGCAGAGAUUUAAAAUCAUGAAACAUGCAGCAAAAGUGGAAAUGUAGGCUUAGACUUUUAAAAUAUCCCCUUUUAAGUUGCUUCCCAAGUUCCCCACUUCCCUUAUCAUAGAAAGAGACCUCACGCUUGAUAAGUUAAAAAUGGUUUACUUACAAACUCUUCAAAGGUCAGAUUCAUGUGCUUUCCCAUACAGCAGCAAGAAAAGACAGACAGUUUAACUUAGUUUCAAAAUAGUAAAUUAUUUGUAUAAAAACACAAAGAUGGCUGGAGCACCCAGCUUAGAACUCCUUUACUGGCAGGGUUCACAUCAUGGUGGAAGAAAAAAGAACAAAGUGUUUGGCAACCCUAGCUCCUCAGGUGAGGGGUUGUGACCUAGUUAGCCUGGCAGACAGCUUACUCUAUGUUCUUAAGCCCUCAGUGUGUUUAUUAGAGUUAAGCAUGUUGGUUACAUGAAUCUGAUUUAUCCCAGUUUAAAAAAAAAAAUUAAUCAGUUUAAUGUGCAAAUGGGAUGGAACACAUGUGAAAGUGACUUGGACUAAGAUUAGUUGGCUCCAUCUAGCCCUAAAUUGAAGGCUACCAGUUUAAAGUACACUUUUGUGGGUGUAGGUUUGAUUGAAUAGAAUAACUAAUAUAUUUAGGACUGCCAAUCCCAGCUCUGUAAUCCCUUUGCCUUUCAUAUGGAAAUGGAGCGUUGUGAGACUGCAGUUAGGAUAAAGCACUGUGUUGGGUGCAUUGCGGGAUCACAAUGGCUGUUCCACUACCACUUCUUUGCACAAGUGGAAUAAUUCAGCAUUGCUAAAGUGUUCUAGUCUGGAAGCACCUACAAAGUGCAAGAAUAUUUCCUCUCCGUUUCCUCCCCUCUAAAGACUAGUAUCUGGGUGUAUUCCCACCCACCAUUCCACUUCUUUUGACUCAUCUCUUUUCUUACAAAGCUGUAAAGGGGGAAAACAAAACCCAACAACUUAAUUGUCUUUUGCUUUGCUUUCCCUUGUCAAAGCCAUCUGACAUUAAAGAACAGCUCAGUGUCUCUUCCAUUGUACAUCACUCACCCCAGCUUGUUUUUCUUCCCACAUCCUCCCCGCCUCUUGUUUCAAUACCUUAUGCUUAUUCAGUUCAGUGGGAAUACUUGUAGUAGAGAUUUCUGAAAAAGGCAUUUGAUAGCUUAAAGCGUCCUCUUGAUGACCAAUCCCUUUGAAUGACAGCAUCCCCACCCUAAUUUUGAUACCAUUUAGCCCUGAUUCAGGAAAUGUCUAUAGCUCAGUGGCAGAGCUUUGCAUGCACAAGGUCCCAGGUUCAAUCCCUGGUGUCUCCAUGUAGGACUGGGAUAGACCUUUGCCUGAAGCCGGGGAAAGCUGAUGCUAGUCAGUAUAAACAAUCAGUAGUGUUGCCAGGGGGGACAGUGGCCCCGGGCGCAUUUGGGGGAAGGGAGGACAUUUUGCUCCUUGCCUCCCUGCCUGUCCCAUGCCAUUGGGUUGGAACCAGAAGCCUUAAAUCUCCUUUUCUGGUGCAUGCAGGAGGAGAGAGAAAGGGGGUGCUUGAGCAGGCAGGCUCAUACAUAUAGUGCUGAACCAGUGCCAGAUUUACGUAUAAGCUAAACAAGCUAUAGCUUAGGGCCCCACUCCCUUGGGGGUCCUCCAAAAAUAUUUGUUGUUUAGUCGUUUAGUCAUGUCCGACUCUUCGUGACCCCAUGGACCAGAGCACGCCAGGCACUCCUGUCUUCCACUGCCUCCCGCAGUUUGGUCAGACUCAUGACCAAAAAUAUACUUCUUAAUUGUAUUUCAGUUCAACAAUUACUUUGAUAAAAUACAUAUUUUUUUAUGUGCAAAUGGCUUUAGAUACCUAUAAGGUCCAUAAAUUACCAUAUAGCAUAUAUUCAACACAAAAAAAGCAAUAGUUUGUUGUUGACAAGGGACAGCUGGACAUAUAAAGGGCCCCAUGACCUUCAGUAGCUUAGGGCCUCAUCAAACCUAAAUCAAUCCCUGUGCUGAACUAUGGUUUGGCAUUCUAUCCAACCAUUUAUUGAUAAUGGGAAGGGGGGAACGAUUUAUGGUAUGUAUGGUGCAAGCAACAUGAAAAAGGAAGCUGGGCAUGAAUGGAGUGGAUCUUUCUAGCCUUUUUAAGUUUUUAGUUUUUGGUCUUGCAGGAUCUCAUGUGGUUUUGUUUUUUUCUUUGUGUGUGUUUUUUCUAACAGAAUCCAGUGUGAAAGACAUAAAAGUCCUGAAAUCCACAUUGGGUAGGCUGUUUAUUUCUCCCUUAUUUUAUGUUUCUUGCAUUGAAGUGUGUGAGAGGAGUUUAUUUUUAAAAAUCCAUAAACCAAUGUGACAUUUUAUCUCUUGAAUUUAUAUCCCACCCUUCUUCUCAAAGGAGCUCAGGGUGGCAAACAAGUGAUGAAACAAUAAAAAUAUUUUGAAAACAGCAGGAACUAAUAGCACUCGGCCUCAUUUUCAUAGGUUGCAUUCUUAUAUAUUGUUAUUGUCCUUUGUUUUGUGGGUGAAUGUUUAAUCCGAUUCUUCUGAGCAUCUUUGGGUUUACCUUCAGUAGGGAAAGGUAUCAUUGUGGUUGGUCCUUGUCCUCAUGCAUUGAUUCUGUUUUUAAUACCUCUAACAUCAGCAUAGACUUGGAGUUUGCUGUGGGUAUGCAAUGUGUGAAAUACACAUGCCUUUUUUAAAAGCAAAUGAGGAAUGUCUAAUUGUCUUAAAGAAUAUUUUUAUGAGCACUUGCCAUUUGUGUGUAUGCAUGUGGAUGUUGGAUGUCACACUAAACCAUGGUUUAGCGUAGUGUAAAUUGAUAUAGCCUUCUUCCAGGCUUGUGAGCUCCUCACUCCCCUUCCCAUCUCUUGCAGGACUGAGAGAAGGUGCUCAGAAACUUUCAUUUCCACUUUUGCUGAACCACAACUUACCAUGUUGUCCAAGCUGGGAACCAUGGUUAAUAAUAAAUAUAGCUAGUUUAAUCAAGCCUGCUUCAGAAAAUGCUCUUCAAAGUGGUCUUGUUUUAAACUAACAAUUGUUUAUGCUAACCACAGUUUCACUCCAGAUAACACAACAGAACCAUGGUUAAUUAAAAGGAAAAUCUCCCCAAAGGAGGAGGGAGCAUGCAAACCUGGGAGGAGGCUAGGCUUGUUAACAUCAUGCUAAACCAUGGUUUAGCUGACAUCCACAUGCUGUCUUUGCCCAUGUAUAUGUAUAUGUCUUUGGGGGUUUUUAACAUUUGUGCUUAUAUUCCAGAGUGGGGAACUGGAUCUAGCUGCCGGGCAAGAUUCCUAAAUCCCCCAGCCUGGUGGGUGGGAGCAUCCACCUGUCACUCACCUGAUCAUAAUGACAUAAAGUAUAAUACAUAUGCUUUGAAAUAGCUACUUAUUACUUUUACUAUCUUGUAAUUUUAUUGUCCCUGUUCCUAUGACUGUUUUAUUAGUGCUUUAAACUUAAAAAAUGUAAAAUGUAAAAGAUGUUUAAAAAAGACUUUUCACAGUGCACUUUUAAAAUGUCAUUUUGUAAUGAAACAUUUCGGAAAUGAGCAGAAAUGAAGAGCACCAUAGGGUCAAAGCAAAGCAUUUUUUUAAUAACAAUUCUAUUGCUUUCAAUCAGAGAUUUAAGUCCAUCUUUCACCUUUUUCCAUUGGGACAAAAGGACUUGAGCACAGUUUUGGGGGUGACAAGGACUGAGAUGGCUAGCAACGCUUUAAGGAGAGAGAGUAGUGCCACUGAAGAAUCAGACUGGUUACUAAAUUUUGAUUGUAUCAAAAGAACCUGGAGGAAUGCAGAAUGCAAACCCCUCCUAUGUUACUUCACAGGCUGCAGUCCUACAGAACACUCACUUUCCUCAGAGUGAGCACCAUUGAACUCAAUGGGGUUUAAUUCUGAGGAGGCAUAUCGAUGGUGGUGCUGUAAGACCCCUUUUCUGCAAGACAACUCCCCCCCGCCGCCCCAAUCUAGUGGGACGCUCUGCAAUUUUGCUUCUCUUUGUAGGUUGCUACAGGUACAGCUACAUCAGGGAAGAUGCUGUGCUCAAGCUGAGGGGCCCAGACUACCUUGCCUCUAGCUGCCUCUGGCAUCUCCAUGGCCCCAAAGGCCACAUGAUCAAGCUGCACCUGGAAUGGACCCUCUCCGAAUGCAGAGACCGAUUGGCCAUGUAUGACGCCUCAGGACCUCUGGAAAAGCGGCUCAUCACUUCGUAGGUAGCUUUGAUGUCAUAGACGCGUGAAUGGCAAAAGAUGGAGCCACGGGGCUGCUUUGCGCAUCACAGUAAAGCCGUGUUUAAUGGCUUAUAGUGAAUGAGCACAUAGCAAUGUGGCACAACCCUCUCGGCUUGGGGCUCGUCCACACUUCUGCAAAACAUGGGUCCAAGAGAUUUUCCAGUUGCCCCAUGCUUUCUAGCCAUGGGCCCAAGCGGGGUUUUGUUUUGUUUUUUGUCCCACUGCUUUCCUCAGGAAAACUCACUAUUUACUGCUGAAUCGGAACAAUCACCAAUCUGCAGAGAAACUGAUUGGAAUGCAUUCCAAUUCAGCAGUGAACUGAGAGUGGGACAAGCAGAAGUGUGCAUGAGCCCUUGGCUGGUGUAAUGAGUCGGAAAUGGUGGUUCGUUUCACUGAAACAUGCCACAGCUGGGAAGCCCAAAACAAUGGCUUGUUUGGAGCAAAAGGAAUCACAAUUUCUGCAUUAGACAUAACAGUAAGCCAAGGGUCAUGGCCUGGUUUCCACAUUAGCACUAGGGUAAUCUGACCAGAACAUUUGGAAAACAUUCGAGAAAACUUUCUGACAGCAAGAGCUGUUCAGCAGUGAAACAGACUUCCGCAAGAGGUGGUGGACUCUCCUUCCCUGGAGGUUUUUAAGCAGAAGUUGGAUGGCCAUCUGUCAUGGAUGCUUUAGCUGAGAGUCCUGAAUUGCAGGGGGUUGGACUAGAUGCCCCUUGGGUCCCUUCAAUCUCUAUGAUUCUGUGAGUACAAAACCCACUUUAAAGAAACAAAAAUACACAGGCAUGUUUAAAGAACAUUUCUAGCUGUCUCGGUGAUUAAGGGCUUAUCCAUACUUCCUCAUGUACCACUGCUUUCCCCCACAGAAAUCUGCUCUUUAGUGCUCAAUCAGAGCAAAUGGCAAUUCGGGUUUUCCCCAGAGUGGGUUUUCCCUUGGAAAGGAGCUAGGCAAGGGAGAAACUGCUCAGACCUGUGCUUUCUAGCCACAGCACAAGUGGAAAUGUAGAUGAGUCCUCAUCUCCCCCCUUCGAAGUCCCUUUGUUUUCUCUCUGCACUUUCCCACCUUGUCAAUACACUCAUCUCCUCUGUUUUCACCCUCUGCCCCAGGCUGUACGGCUGCAGCCGCCAGGAGCCUGUGGUGGAGGUCCUGUCUUCAGGCCCCGUCAUGUCUGUGGUGUGGAAGAAGGGGAUGUACAGCUACUACGAUCCUUUCAUACUCUCUGCACAGGCUGUGCCCUUUGAAGGUGAGCAAGGAUCCCGAGAGGUCUGGAGAGAGAGAAAGAAGAUGCAAACCCUUCACUUCCUUUGCCAAACACCACUCAUCAUAGAUAUAGAUAUUUAUUACAAUUUCAGCAGCCAACACCGUAUCUGAGCUGUAGAGUAAUUGCUAUCUAUUAUGGAAUGGAAGCUUUGCACAAUAAUUUGGCCCAAGACACUAAGAUAAGAGCAACCUUUAUAUAAGAAGAUGUAAGACAAAUUUCCACCUUAUACUAAAGCCAGAAUCUGGGACAGAAGAUUGUGCAGUAAUUAUCCAUGCUGGCCUCUGGACAGGAGAAAGCUUAAUACUUAGCACCACAUCUACAUAGUUCUAACACAGAUGAGCCACAGAAAAGCAUAUCUCCUUCGCAUGCAAAAAUAUUCCAGGUUCAUCUCCUGGCAUUUCCAGUUAAAGUGAUUUCACUUUAGGGCUGGGGAAGGUCUCUGCGUGAGGAGCCAGUCAUCAUAGACCCAGUGAUCUGACUCUAUAUAAGGCAGCUUUGGGUGUUUACGCCAUCACCGCAGGGAUUCUCUGUCAAAGUUAGCAUUAGGAUAUCCAAACAGCAACCUCUUAAAUUAUGGAGCGGGGAACUUGUGGCUCUCCAGAUGUUGUUGGACUCCAAUUCCCACCAGCCCCAACCAGCAUGAGGGCCAGGUGUUGUCCAUUGCUGUUCUAAGUAAAACUGCUCUGAGUGGUUCUCUAUUAGCUAAAAAGAAAGUAAAUGGACUUGAAGGUCCAUAGCUUCUGAUUUGCAAGGAAGUGAAAAUGCCUCAGUCAAAUGCACAUGCUCCCCCCCCACACACACACACAUGUGCGCACACACUGGCUAUACAGAAAGGACUGUGUUAGCCAAAGAAUUCCCUUAUACCACGUCCAAACCAUUGAUCCAAGUACCUCAAUAUUGUCUUCACUAACUGGCAGUGGCUCUCAAGAGUAUCAGACAAGAGUCUUCCCCCAGGGCUACCAGGAGAUGCCAGGGUCUGAAUCUUCACCACUUCCUCUUGUUCAUUGGAUUGGACAUCAGGGUCUGGAAAUUAACAAGGUGCCUUUUGGCAGUCCAAAAACACAAUCAAGCAUAUAUUUCCUUGGUAUAUAUUCAGUGUAAACAUGAGAAAGCUCCUUUACAUCUCUGAGAUCUGUUAUCAGUCUGCCAUGCACAACUGCAGAUUUGCUAGCAACGGUUAAAUCAUUGCAUCAACAGAAGAACUAUAACUCAUUUCUCCCUGAGACAAAGGACUGUCUAGUUUUACAGUGUUUCUGUGAGCAGCCCCUUCCUCUGAGUCAGAAGUAUAAACACAAACAACAUUUUUUUGAGUGGUUCAGCUGGUGUUCAGAAUAUUUCUGUCUUUUCAGCCUGCCAGAUGAAUCUAACGCUACGGGGAAGCCAGGAGAUACAAGGGAACAUCAGGACUCCGUAUUACCCUAGUUACUAUGCGCCCAAUACGCAGUGCACUUGGCACAUGAUGGUGAGGUCUCCUUGUCCUUUGCUAGAUGAAGAUGGGCUGUGUGUGUCCUUCUGCAACAAAGCAAUCAAUUAAAUUCUGUACCAAAAGAAUUGCAUUAUGCACUUAUUAUUGUUAUUGUUGUUACAUUUACACCCGGGUCCCUAUCUUGAAGGAUCGCACUCAGUGGAGUGUGCAUAGCUCUCUUCCUGCAGCCUCAGAUUUAAUUCUCACAACAACCCUGUGAGGUUGUUUAGGCUGAGAACUAGUGUGGCUGGCCAAAGGUCACCAGGUAAAUGUAGAUCUGAACCCAGAUCUCCCUGGUUGCAGCCCUAAUGUGUUCUCUUAUUUUGCACACUUUGUUAAAAAACCCCAUUACUGAGCCUCUUGUUGAGGAUACUAUGUCUGCAUGUGCUCAUCUCUCUCCCCUUCUUUCCCUCAUGCUUUGCUGCUCUCGUUUCUGUAUUCAAAGCCCCUUUACAUAUCAUUAUGCAAAUACGAUAGUUAACAUCAGAGACGGGGAAGCUGUGGCCCUACAGAUGCUGCUGGACCCGAACUCCCAGCAUUGCAAAUGGUGGGGGAUGAUGGGAGUUGUAGUCCAACAAGUUCCCCAUCCCUGGUUAACAUGGACAACAUCUCCAUCUUUGCAGGUCCCAUCUCUGGAAUAUGGAGUCGUCCUUUGGUUUGAUGCUUACACUCUGAGGAGACAGAAGCAUGACCUCCCAUGUACCCAAGGGCAAUGGACCAUCCAGAACAGAAAGUAAGGAGAUCAUGACACUUUGGUAUGGCUGUUUAUGUCCCUUUCUUCAUGGACGCUCCAGCUCACUUUUUAUUGGGUUGGCAUUAUCUCCCCGACUUCUGCUUUUGUUCUUUCUGCUGCCCAUCAUUCAAAGAGGAAUCUGCUGGGAAAGGUUCUCUCCACCUGCUCCUGCGACAUCAUAUCCUCUGUGCUUUCACUUCUUCUAGCUCAGCACUUUGAACACCCACCUGACAGGCAGAAAUUCAAGAGGUGCAGCUCCCCCCCCCGUUUCCCCCACUAUAUCUCCAUAUCACUUGUUGCAUUUCUGCCAUAGUGUGGCUUUUAAGAGCCCUGGUCCUCUGGUUACUUCUAUAUGAAGUGCAUAUGGAACAACCGUCCUGAUUUGUUUUCACAAAGUUUGCAUGGCGGUCAUAUGCAAUCACCAUCAAGGGGUUGUUAUCUUGAAUUUUCCACUGUAGUUUCCGGUCACUUUUCUUACAGUAAAAAGUUAUUUUUAAGGAGUGAGUGGGAGAGGAUUUGCUGUGCAAGAGAACGUUGUUUAGCAGUUCCUAUCUAUUGCAGUGUAUUUGCUUUCUUUGUGGUGGGUUAUAAAGGCACACUCUUAUUGUGCAAAGAGCACAUACUAGCAACUACUCUGUGCAAAAGUGUGAGAGCCUGGAAGUGUCAGAAGAAAAGGUGGCAUUCCUAAUUUACUUGCAAUCAUAGCUGGAAAAAGGAGAUGCACUGAGCCCAAGCAUUUCUGGUUCCCUUGCUUUGGUAGGCGCAUAAAGUAACUUGAGGACUCCUUCCAUGUGGAUCAGUCCUAAAAGUUAUCCAGACUUGAGAUUUUAUCCAAACUUGAGUUUAGACUCCCCAGCUUAUAAUUCCUUCCUUCUAUAUUUUCAGAGGUAUCAUCACAAUGAAUAUCCAUAGGGCACUCCUUUUUCCAGGGCUUGUUUCAAACCCACCUCCUGUUUUUGUUAAACUGGCCACAACCAGUAUCUGGCAUCCUUGGCUAGUACUCAGGGUUCAAGUGCCCUGGCAGAGAAUACUGCUAAUGCCUUACCUCAUCCUGCCCUCCUGCUGGGUGGCUGGGUCUUAAAGAUACACACUAUUUUAUUUCCCACAAUGCCCUGGAACCUAAGGAUCUACCUUAUACUGAAUCAGACCAUUGGUCUAUCUAGUUCAGUGUUGCAUUGCCCAGCAGUGGCUCCCCAAAGUUUCACACAGGGAGUUUUCCCCAGCCCGACCUGGAGAUUGAACCGGCGACCUUCUGCAUGCAAAGCAGAUGCUCUCCUGCUGAGCUGCCACCCUAGAAGAAUUCUUCAUAGGGAAUCAAAACAGCAAGCAGUUCAGUCGCCUGCUGCUGCCCACUGUGUCUGCCAUUGGCUAAAACUAUGCCUGCCCUACUAGGUUGGUGGUUCUACUGGAGCCAGUAGCAGAUGGCAUGGAGGGGCAGAGGUCCUCACCUGACCUCUGGCCAAUGAUGUCAUUGCUGCUUACUGGAAGGUAGAGGGGGAGAACAAGAGGGAGGCAGUAGCAGUGAUGUGGUCGAUGCAGUGCAAUCCAGGAUUCCUGCUGGUGCUUGCACCAUGCUGACUUAGUGUCAGGCUUGGGGAAUCAGCUUCCUCCCCUGUGGCCUUAGAUAAGAAGAUUAAAUGAAAGAAAUGUCUUACCAGUUAGAAUCUUUAAUAAUCACAGUGAGAGAACAAAGGACACAUCUCCAGGAAUGGCAGUGCUCCCAAUUAAGUGUCACCCCCCUCUCUGUCCCUAUUAAUCUACGUCCACUCCUAUGUCCUGUAAUCUGAGCUUGUAGCCUCUGUGCUUUCUGUUCUGACACUUUCUGAGCUCUCUGUGAUUUUGGAGAAGGGGGGUGGAUACUACCCAGAGACUGAAUCUGUUAACUCUCUCUUCUAGUGUUUCUUCUGCUAGCUGUUCCCCAUCCAGUAUGUCCCAGCUUCUGCCUUCUGAACUAUGCCCCUCUGCAAACCACUGUUCGAAAUCUAUAUUGUCCUCCUGCUCCUGGGAAGAUUCAGGAUUGGGGGGGGGGGCUCCUGCCAUUUUUCCUCAGUGCAGCCCUCCUCAGCACAGUCCCUGACACCUAGCUGCUCCCUUGUCCCUUCCCCUCUACCUCCCAGUAAGAAGCAGCACUGCAGCUGAGCACUGCCAUCCCAUUGCAGUGUCCACUGCUGACCAGCAAACUUAUCUGGGGUGGAAGCCUCAAACAUGGAUUCAGCCUUGAAUGACCACUUUGCCAAUGUCAUAAGGCAGCACCAUGGACUUUAGGAUAUUCUCCUGCCUGCUCUUCUUCUUUUCAUUUUAACUAGGUUGUGUGGCUUGCGGACUUUGCAGGCCUAUGCUGAAAGGAUCCCUGUCGUGUCCAGUGCUGGGGUCACCAUCAACUUCACUUCUCAAAACUCCCUAACGGGGCCUGGAGUGCAAGCGGCUUACAGCCUAUACAAUCAGUCAGACCGUGAGUUCAAAACAUGCAGUUUAGCAGCUGAUCAAAGUAUUAGGGAGAAAUCCCAUCAUACCCUGCUGUUGGAUCUUUGCUGUCUUGAGGGGUGUGCAUGCCUUACACUCAAUGAGUGUUGCAAUCUGUGUACCAGGCUGGGUACACAAAUAAUUCAGCUUUGAGGAUUUGGCGAGCACCCUGUUUCUAUAAACAUGCAAUGCAGAUAGAAUUCAGAAAGGCUGCAAUCCUACCUUUCCUUCUCAUGUCCCAGAACUUUAUAACAUUGAUUUUGAAAACCUAUACUCUGCCUGCCUCCAAAUGGAACUUGAGGUGAGUUAGGAGCAGUAAAAUAGAAAAAUAAUGCAUGCAAUAUUUGAACUGACCUCUAACUUAGCAUGCGGACAGCACAGUCCUAUGCGUCUCUACUCAGAAGGUAGUCCCAUUCAGUUCAGUGGGGCUGACUUACUCCCCAGGUAAGUGUGUAGGGUAUUGUAGACUGAAUGAACUAACAUUAUUUUAUUUUAUUCAUUUAUUUUGUUUUAAAAAGCAUGCCCCAGAGAGUUCCUUUGUUCUGUGAAUGGGCUUUGUGUGCCAGCUUGUGACGGGAUCAACGAUUGCCCCAAUGGAUUAGAUGAGAGAAACUGUGGUGCGUGGCUAUUUACUUUUUUCAUUCUCCUCCAUUCACACUGUUAACUGCCCUUCCUUAGCAAAAGCCCCUCCAAUCCAUGCUUGGUCAGCUAAACCCAAGAUGGAACACUGGAGGAGGGAAGAAAGUUUCCAAGGCAGCCUUCCUGAACCUGGUAUUCACCAGUUCUUUUGCACUCAAACUUCCAUCUGCCCCAGUCAGCACAAGGAAUUUGUUCUAAGGAGUUAAUCUGCUCUGAUCAGAAAGCCUCUGUUUGCCAUUUGUUCUCAUCCAUAGGUUUGAUCAGCAUUAGAGAUAUUCCCUUGAAUCUUCAUUCUGUAACAUUCUGUAACAUUCUAUUGUUUGAGAGGAAUAUUUAUUUAUUGUUAAAGUAUUGAUACCCUGACUUUCAGCUUCUCAGUGGGGCUAUGAGCACUAGUGCAAAGUGAUUUCAAAAACUGAUAAUAAAAAAACACACACACAAAAAUAUACAAGCUGAAGCAUAGAGCAGCAGCAGGAACAUUAUUAAAAACAGCAAGUAACCAUUGUAACACUAAUAAAAGGCCCCUCCAGACUGGGGUUUCUGCAAUGUGGUAUUGAUGCAAUCAAAGUGGCAUAGUGGUGGGUUUAUACUGGACCGCCAAUGCAUCAUUCUGCUUUAUUAGUUGUUCUGCAAGGCUUCCCCAAACUUACUGCAUUAUUUCACCAUAGAGCAACAAAAGCAGGACAAAAAAUAAACCAGAACAUUUGUGAUAUAAAAAAGUUACAGAAUUUUGGCAGGAAGUUAUGAGACAUGCACUGAUUGUAAAUGUAGCCGUAUGUCCAAGCUGGAAUUUUUGCAGACACAAAUAGUAUUCAAAAUGGGAUCGUGUAUAGCUGCCAUCAUGAGCACAAAUCAUCAUGAACGCACAACAAAAAGCACAAUGGGAGGGCCCCAAAAUAAAAUAAUAGUCCACCCCACCUCUGCCCUUCUUCAGCUUGAAGGCUCCCAACACCCAUCUCAGUCCCUCUUCUCUUCUUGUGUUUUGAAAUUUGCCAGUAUGCCCUGCAAAAUUCCAGUGUCAGGAAGACAGCACGUGUAUCGAGUUCUCCAAGGUCUGUGAUAAACACCUGGACUGCAUCAAUGGGAGUGAUGAGCAACAGUGCGAUGAAGGUAAUGGAGUCAGGCACUUACAUUAAAAUAUCAUUCCAGAACUUUGGCAUCAACAGGGCAGAGUGUACUGCUUUCUGGUUAACACAGGAUACUUUAUUUAUCCUUCUGAAUGUUAUGUCAAUGUCACUGCAUUGCCAAUAGUGAUCCUCCUGCAGCAAAUAGCUUCUUCUGGGAUAAAUAGCAGUUUCAGUGGGAAGAUGACAUGAGGAUAACAAGUUAACCCCUUCCCUCCUGGAUUGGGGGAUCCUCCCAGCUGCUUAGCCACUUCUAAGCAUUUUAGUGUUUUGCUUUUUUAAAAAAAAGUUUAUAACAUAACAUAUAGUUUGAUCAUACAUUGUCCAUAAUGUCUCUGUAGUGUCUCCAUCAUAUCGCUUGUCCAACCCCAUCAACUCCAGUAUUUACACCACCCAUCAUUUUGCUCCCCCCCCCUACAGCUACCCAUUCUGCCAGAGAAUUUUUUAUUGGGCAAAUUGGGGAGGGGGAGAAGUUAGGCAUGUUAGCAUGUGCCUGAGGUCAAGGAGGGCUGUACCCCAUCCCCCCCCUAAAAUAUAGGCUACUUCACUAUUUAAUAUUAUGGGCCAAUUGACCAUGUAAUUUCCAGCAUCAGUCAGGGGCCUGGGGCAAUGCUGUUUAUCUGACCUCAUGUCACUGCUGUUACCAUGGUGUGUUGUGAAGAGGAGGGGUAAGGUAGCAUGAGGUCAGCAAGGCGUAAGCAGAGCAGCAGGAGCACCAUAUAGGCUCCACCAAUAUAACCUCACCAUUUCAUCCUUCCCAAUGAUGGCAGUGAUGGGAGGUCAGGCAACCGGUGCUGCAUGCUAACCACAACAGUCUGUAUAGCACACUGCUGGUACCAGGCAAGCAUUUUGGGCAUAGAGAAAGUAGUUUUAGCAGUGGGUGGUAUUCAGUGCUAGGCCUACUCAGAGUAGACCCAUGGCAUUUAUAUACACAACUUAGAUCCAUUAAUUUUAAUGGGUCUACUCUAUUUUAAACUUAGUUGAAUACAACCCAGUAGAAAUAACACUUCCCAUUCCUUUCUACUUCCACAAAUCUCUCCUUCCAGGAGUUCCCUGUGGACUUUUCACUUACCUGUGUGCCGAUGGGAGCUGCGUGAAGAAACCCAACCCUCAGUGUGACUCAGUCCCUGACUGCAAGGAUCGCUCUGAUGAGAUGCACUGUGGUGAGAUGUUAAUAGGGGAAGAUCUGCUCUAGUUUAGUGUGGGCAGCCAAAUCAGAGGAGACCCUUCUAUUUAUAGUGGCAUUGGCAGAGGGGCUCUAAAGAAGAUGAUUCUGUCAUGAGCUGAGUCUAUGGGGCCUCUGCCCAUACACACUAACCUGCAAAUAAGUCCUAUUGAACUUAAGUCCUAUGGGGAACCUGUGGUUCUCCAGGUACUGUUGGACUACAGCUCUCAUCAUUCCUGACAACUGACCAUGGUGGCUGGGGUUGAUAGGAGUUGUAGUCCAAUUAUCUCUAGAGGUUCCCCCACCCCUGUAACAGGACUUACAUUUGAAUAGACAUGCUUAGGACUAUGCUGUUAAAGCAAGUAUGACGAGCCUGUGUCCCUCCAGAUGUUGAUGUGCCAGGACUCUCGCGAUCUCUGACCAGUGGCCAUGCUGACUGGGCCUGAUGAGAGCUGGAGUCCAGCAACACAGCUUUCCCAUCCCUGUUAGCAUCUCAGAUGGUAAUAAUGAUGUCUUGCUAAUAGCGCUGUCAGGGUGGGCCUUCUGGGAUGCGGCAGAAGCACUGCAGUUAAAUGCUCAGCUUGGAGAUGAUCCAAAAUGCUUGGUUCACAUUAUGCUGAGGAACCAUCCUUGGCUUUCUGAAUCAAUAGUAUUUGUUUAUAAUAAGCACAAGGCGAACAUGUUUGUCUGUCUUCUGAGGUGAUGAUUUACAGGAGGUGCCAAAAAAGAUGGGGAUGGCUCAACACAGAGAGCUCCAGUCCUUGUUUUUUAAGGACUUGAUUUUAAGUUGUUUCCCUCUUUCCUCAGACUGUGGAUUGCAACCUGCACUGAACCGCAUUGUGGGUGGUGCCCAUUCUGUGGAAGGGGAGUGGCCAUGGCAAGCUAGUCUCCAGGUGCGGGGUCAUCAUGUUUGUGGUGGGACACUGAUUGCAGAUCGCUGGGUGAUCACCGCCGCUCACUGCUUCCUGGAUGACAGGUGAUUUGGGGUGAUGGGGAAGGACAGCUGGAAUCUCUAGAAAUGAUACAAUUCAAGUAGUCCAUUAGCCACCACUCAGAUAAGCCUCCCAUCUCUACCUGAUGAUGUUUGGGUCCACGUCUACUAUGUUAUUCCGGGCCUCCUUUAUUUGACUCCAACGUCCCCCAGGGUGAACCAGUCAGUUCAGAAUGCAACAGAAUUCUCCAGCUAAGGAAUUGUAAUUGCAGACCUCUGCAGAUUGGGGGCACACUGUUAAUGGAAAAGGGAGGCCACAGCCAAAAGGGACCCAAAGUUCACAGGUUCGAUCCAGGGCAUCUCCAGGUGAAAGGCACAGGUAGCAAGUAAGGGGAAUGGUCUUGAAUCACUGCUGCCAGUCAGAACUGGUCGCCCACACUGUGAGAACUGGAUGCCAGACUAGAUGGGCCAUUGGUGUGAUCCAACAGGCUCAUCUUAUGUUCUCAGUAAAAAUGCUGAGCUAGGUGGAUAAUAGUGUGACCUGGUGUGAGGCAAGAUCCUUGACCCUGUCCCCGUGAGCAGUCUUUUGGGUGCUGGAGAACAGGAGUGGCGUGCGUGCAAAGAUCUUGCCAAAACCCUUCCCUACCCUUUUCCUUUCCAGGCAGGCUUCCCCCACUGUCUGGACAGUCUACCUUGGCAAGCAGCUUCUGAAUGUCAGCAGUCCAAACGAGGUCUCCUUCAAGGUGAUUCGUAUCCUGCAGCACCCGUACUACGAAGAGGACAGCCAUGACUACGAUGUGGCGCUGCUGCAGCUCGACCACCCAGUCAUCUAUUCAGCCUUCAUCCAGCCUAUAUGUCUGCCUGCCAGCUCCCAUCUCUUUGAGGCAGGCCUCCUGUGCUGGAUCACAGGAUGGGGUGCAACUAAGGAAGGAGGUAAUCCGCAGUAUAUAUAUAUCGCAUCCUUUCCAAGAGUCCCCUUUCUGCAGCUUUUUAAAAUAAGAAUCUAACCGAAGCCAUGCAAUUGGCAGCAACCUUGCGAGAACACCUCUUGUGUUUUGCAGAAACGGUGCAUGUACAAUGCUUAGGUGUGUCCUGUCCUGUCAAAAACCCAACUCACCAUCAUAAAGUAGUAUGACAAGCUAAGGCAGAAUGUCAUCGCUGCAACCUGCUUUGCAGCAAGAUGCUCCCAAGCUCCCCCUAGCGAAUCUUUCCAGAAAAUCAUGCAAGCGUAUGGAUGGUAUUUCAAAGUAUCGGGUUUGCCAAUAAGCUUGUUUGGGGAGGUGGAUAUAUGGGGAGGUUUUCACUGCUUCUCCUGCCUAAGACCUACUGAAUGGGUAGGAAAUGCAAAUGUGGAAUAAAAUAUGUGUUGUGGAGAAUUUCAUGAGGAGGUAGGAUUUCUUUUUCCUUCAGUCAAUCUUGCUGACCUUUGUACCCGACAUGCAGGUCCCAGCAGUAAGAUUUUGCAAAGGGUGAGUGUGCCGCUAGUGCAGCAGGACAUGUGCAAUGAAGCCUAUCACUACCAGGUUACGUCCAAGAUGCUCUGCGCUGGCUACCACGAUGGAAAGAAGGACUCUUGCCAGGUAACUGGGUGCACCACAUCCCACGGCACAGAAAGGUCUUCUCAGGCCCUUGUCAACAAACUUUCUUGUUUCCAUGCAACUCAUUGCAUGGCCAGUUUCAAAGCACAUUUCUCCGAUUUGUCUCCUUCUCUUCCACUUUUUCCCCCUGACCUGACUGGUGUUUUUUCCUUCUCCUUUCUUCCUAGGGCGACUCUGGGGGACCCCUUGCCUGUCAGGAGCCGAGCGGCAGGUGGUUUCUAGCUGGCCUGGUGAGCUGGGGAAUGGGAUGUGCACGUCCGAAUUACUACGGGGUCUACACCAGGAUCACCAGUGUAAUGGAAUGGAUUAAGCAAGCCACGAAGAGCUGA